AUGAGUGGAAGUUCAAGAGUUAGAAGAGCUUCAGGAGCUAAAAUAAAGAAAGAUAAACCUUCAAACAAAGGAUAUGCUAAUGCUAAUGGAGGUGACGUAGAAGAAUUUGACGAAACUGAACAGUGUAUAAUUUGUGCAGAGAAAAUACUAUUUGCAGCUUAUUCUCCAUGUCAACAUAUAACUUGUCAUAGAUGUUUAUUGAGACAAAGAGUGCUUUAUGGAAAGGAUUUAUGUUUGGUCUGUAGAACCCCCAAUGAUAAGAUUGUGAUAUCAGACGAUAGGAGUAAAGAUUUUAAUCUGUUUUCUGUCGAUAAGCUUAUAUCUGAUGACAAAUAUAACAUCUAUUUUACCAGUGAACCAGUACAAGAGAAAGCUAUGGGAAUUUUGGAAUCGAAAUGUGCAUUUAAAGAUUGCAAUGAAAGGUUUGAAACAUUCAAAGAUUUACAAGAACACAUUAAACUGGCUCAUAAUAAAUUUUUUUGUCUUAUUUGUUCAAAUAAUAAGAAAGCUUUCGUUGAUGAAUUAGAUUUAUACCAUUAUAAAGCUUUACAAACACAUCAGACUGUUGGUGAUGGUAAAGGGUUCAAUGGACAUCCAGCUUGUAAGCAUUGUAUUAAAAAGCGUUUUUAUUCAGAAGAUGAGUUAAACAUUCAUAUUAGAGAUAAUCAUGAAAGAUGUCAUAUUUGUGAUCAAGAUAUUCCUGACCAAGCUGAUUAUUAUAAGAAUUAUGAUAGUUUAUAUGAACAUUUCAAAAUAGAUCAUUAUGUUUGUAUUGUCCAAUCAUGUUUAGAUAAAAAGUUUGUGGUCUUCAGAGAUGAUAUAGAUUUAACUGCUCAUAUGUUAAAAGAACAUGGAAAUUUGACUGGGGGUAACAAAGUGAUCAUUGGAUCAAGAAAUUACCAAUCACAACUUUCAACAUUUCAAAAUAUCCCCAAUAGAAACCGUAAUGUUCCUGGAGAAAAUACCGAUUCUGUAAAGACCAAGAAAUUAAGAUUAGAAGAACGGGCCAAACAUUAUUUGGAAUACGAUAAUGAGAAAUUAUCGGCCUUUUUAGAUGUCAACAACAAGUACAAAGAUAAUAAAUUAACAGCUGAUGAAUUAUAUCAACAGUAUCAGGAGUUAUUCAAAAAACAAACCAUGGAAGAGGUCACUAUUCUUUUAUCAGAACAUGCAGAAUUAUACCCUGAAAUCAAUUCAAGAUACAUAAAAUUGAAUGAAGUGAUAAAUAAGAUCAAGAAGAAUAAUAGUGCUUCAGAAUUCCCCAUAUUAGGAGGUCGUGCUCAAAGUCCAACAGUUAAUCUCCAUGGAUGGGGUAAUUCUCCUUCUGGCAGUAGAAAUAAUUCCAAUGACAGUUUCCCUGUCCUUCAAAGACCUACAGCUACUAAAAAGACUAAACCUGUGGUACAAAAACCUAUAAGAUAUACUACAGUAACAACGUCAAAACCUAAACCUGCUCCUGUAAGUAUAAAUAAUUUCAAUGGAGAUACAAAUUUCCAACCUAAUUAUCUUGAAUCUUCAAGUAAAAGUCAAAGUCAAAGUCAAGGAUGGGGAAGUGAAACUAGUAGUAGUAAUUCGUCAAAAACUGAUAUUUCCAAGUUCCCUCCAUUAGAGAAGAAACAACCCAAAAAGACAUUUGGAAGAGUUAAUCCCGUGAAUAUAACUCCAGCUCUGCAAUGGGGAGCUUCUUCAUCCCAACCUCAACCUAAAGUAGAGGAUGAAUGGGGUAUUCCUGUGACCUUCAAGAAAAAGGGUAAAGGAAAGAAGUAG